AUUCGCCAUGGUGCGCUAACCAAGGCGGCAGAAGGCCAGGAAAGAUGACGGGCACCCCGCGUCCAUUCAGCAGCGUGUUGGGUGCCGGGAAGGACCAGAGGGAAAGAGGUGAAUGGGUACAGGGAUCUUCCAGCAAUGGGAUGGGGAUGGAUGGAUGGAUGCAUGGAUGGAUUCAUCAGAUCUGGAGUCCAAUCAGUGCAGUGAGAGCACGCCCCUGGUGCGGCAGAAACACAACAGGGAUGGUACGAAGGAGGCAGAUCGAUGACUGACAUCCAGAAGGAUGGCGGGGUCGCUGCUGCACAGCGUUGAUGGAUCUUUCAUGUGUAUGCAGGGUCGCUGCUGCAUUUCGAUGCGGUGCUGGCGUGUUUGACCUACCUGUUCAUCUCGGCGGGCAUCACGCUGUUCAACAAGGUGUGAGCAAGACCGCCCCAAAUCAAGUGUCGGUGAUGCCACUCUCUCUGCUGCGCUGCGUGAUCCCCCAUGUGUGUGUAGGCUGUUAUGUCGCUGUUCAAUUUCAAGCUGUUCGAAGUCAUCUUACUCUGCCAGACGGUCUUCACAGUGGUGGCGAUGAUGCUGUUCAAAAGGAUGGGUGUGGCAGACAAUAAUACACACACAUACAGAUACCCUGACACCCUCACACCGAUGUAUGUUGGUGUGAGGGUGAAUUGUGGGUGUGUGGGGGUCAUUCAGGCCUGCUGCACUACCCCCCUCUGACGUUCGCCCGCGCCAUGUCGCUCAUCCCACUCACCGGCUUCAACCUUCUACGAAUCAUCGUCGGACUGGGCGCACUCGGUACCUGGGGGACACGCCAUUCACACCCACAUCGGUGCGAACGGUCAUGUGUGUGUGUGUGUGUGUGUGUCUGGGGGGGAUAUCUGUCUGCAGCAUAUUUGAAUGUGCCGACCAACAGCGCCAUGCUGCGGGCAGGGAGCAUCUGCAUCAUUGCUGGGUGGGUCAGGCAGAGAGGGGAGGGAGGGAGGGAGAAUACUGGAGCACCACAGAACAGACCCCCCUGUGUGUCUGUGUGUGGAUGGUAUGAAUGUGUGUUUAUGCAGGGAAUACUUCUUCCUCUCGAUCGGCUCGUCGAACCGCGUCAUCGGAGCGGUGCUAGUGCAAGUAUGACUUGCAUACCGACCACCCUCCCGGCCCAUCUGUGUGCAGUGCACAGUCUCUCUCUCUCUCUCUAUGUCUGUUUUCAGGUUGUGGGCGCCAUUGUUGCCGCCUACAACGACCUGCAUUUCACCGCCAUCGGCCUCGUCUUUGGCCUGUUCACAUGCCUUUUCAACUGCGGUGCGUUCGUCUUUACCAUGCACACACACACACACAUACGUCCAUAGUGUGGUUGGUUGCUUGGCUCAUUCCGUCUUUCAGCGUAUGCCAUCCAGAUGAAGAUCGACCUGAAUCAUCAGGCGGAGAUCAACGCACGGAGACUCAAGCAGUGGGAGGAAUCAGCCGUGGCGGUGCGGCCGGAGCACCCUCCAGAGAAGGAAAACAUAUACUCACUGCUCAUGUACUGACAGUGCAUGAGACACACACAGAAAUACACAUACACGCAAAUAGACACACACACGUGUGUGGUGUGGGAAUGCGUGCCCUCCUGCAGGUAUUUCUCGUUGAAUUCGACGCCCGUCCUUCUCAUUUGGGCCAUACUGGUGGGCGGCCAGCGCACUCAUCUCACCCACACAACGACACAGCACACAAGCAAGACACACACGACACAUGUGGGUGGGAUGCGAUCGACGUUUGAGCAGGCAGGGGACCUGCCGCGAGCGAUGCAGCACCCCGCUGCGAUACUGCCGUCAUUCCAGUUCUGCUUCCUGUUCACGGUGGGUAAUAAGCAGGAGAACGACGUCAGAGAUUGGUGCAAUCUCUGUGCAUGUGCGCGUGUGUGUGUGUUCAGGCGACUCUUGCGGCGAUUCUAAACCUGUCGUCCUUCUACGCGACCAAACUCACAUCGCCCCUCAUCGUAGGCAGCCAUGGGUGGACGGAUGGAGUGCACACGCAUGCCUCCCUCCCUCCCUCCCUCCCUGCAGGUGUCAGUGACGAGCAACAUCAAGAACAUCACCUGCGACGUUGCGGGGAUAUUCCUCUUCGGAGACGUCACGCUCACACCAUUGUACGUCUGUCUGUCUGUCUGUCUGUCCAUCUCUUGUUCGUCACGUGUGUGCGUGUGGAUGCGUCUGUGCCGUGUGCCAUGUGUGGACAGCUACCUGACGGGCCUGAUUGUGUCUGCGAGCGGUGCGGGGCUGUUCACCUACGUCAAAUACAUAGAGAGCGAAGCGCAUAGAAAAGAAACUGGUGGAAUAGACAGAGCAAACGCACACACACAAAUGAGACACAUCCAUCUCUCUCCCCUUUCUCUCUCUCCUCUCCUCUCUCUCUGUGCGUGUGUGUGUGUGUGUCUGUUUGUAUGCAGAGCGUGCCCGUCGACAGCAAGAGGAGGUAGCAAAGGUGGUGCAACAACACGCUUACAUAUCAGCGGUAGGACACACACACACACACACACGUCUCCGAGAGAGACACAUGGAUUCCAGCCACAUCCAUCCAUCCAUCCAUCCAUGAGUGCGCUGUGUGUGUUGUGUGUGUUGUGUGCGUUGAAUGGCAUCGGGUCAAUCAGCCGCCGACCACGGCGCCAUCGACAGGGAGUCUCGCGUCCACACGCAGCUCCGACCAAAAGGUCUAGAGUGCAGAGAACCGUGUAGCGGACAGACAGAGCCGUCAGACAGACAGACGGAAAGAGCGAGAGAAGGCAGGCCAGCCAGGCAGGGAUGGCGUGGCAGGGCAUACGCGUGCGUCGCGUGUUGAUAAAGGGCGAGUGGAAGCAAGCAAAAGGUCGUUGCAGUGCGUCUUCUCUGUGAGUGUGUGAGCGAUUUUUGGCGAAAGAAAGACCUUUUGCGCGCUUCUUCCCGUG